AUGGACGUAGUAAAUCAACCAGAUGACCACAAACUACACGAGACGCCGCACACUGAUGAUAUAAAAGUUGAGCACGAAUAUGGAAGUCGUAACGCUGAACCUGAGGCUGUUAACACUCCGCACGAACAUUCUGACCAUAAAAAUAUCGAUUCCAAGCAUUCUGAAAGCAAUGCUUAUGGAAUCCAGCGUGGUAGAAGUGACAGCGCCAAAUGGGAUGAUGAUGACCAAUAUCAUGACGCACAUUCGAAUGGUGCUUCCGUACACGCAACCGCUGACAAUGACGGUGUGGACUUCGUAUUAUUACCUAAGCAGGAUGACGCUGAUGUGGAUUCAGAACAUGAAGAGAAUCCUAACGCGAGUGAACUCGACAUGCAGCGGGAGCCGGAAAAACCGGAGGAAGAUAAUCUUGAGGAGCGCCUGCAGUUGUAUAGCGAAGUGCUAAGCCUACGGAAGGAGCUUGACGUUGUGAAAGAAGACGAACAACGCCUGCGGCAACAGCUUCAAAAUACACAAAUGCUCAUCAAUGAAUAUGAUCCCCAGAUUGAGAAGAUGAUUGUUGUGCUUGAAAAUGAGGCGCAGCAGUCAUUGUUACGUAAACUUUGGGAAGAACAAUGCCAGAAAACAAAUCCAGAUGAGAUGGACUGGUCCAACAUCAAUAUCGCUAACCUAAGUCAGCGUGUUCAGGAGGCCCGAAAAAUCUCCAUGAUGACUACGGAAAAGGUGGAUAUGCUCUACGCUAAUAGGGAUGAAAAGCUAAACAUUCAUACCGAUAACCGUGAGCAGAGCAAAGCAAAGCUCAAGGAGCGCUUUGAAGAGGAAAUGGAGGGAUUACAAGACCUCCGAAGCCGGUUAAAACAGAUAAAGGACGAGCACAUGUUCCACCAACGCCGUGGUACAGCCCGGGCUGAAGAUCGCAACAUCCUCUCCAAUGAAACGAAGAAGCUCAACCGGCAGCAUCGUGUUGCUGAAGUUGAGAACCGUACGUCCGCGAAGGUCGGGGCCUUGAGUGACACUCUAACGGAUCUCAUGGAAGAAUGCAAAGUGUUAAAAAAGCAGCUGGAUAAGUCCCAGAGUCUGUCUGAUGAGAGGAAAAAUGCAUUGGAAGACGCUCUGAAGAAAGUGCAGGAGGAAGGCUCUGAGGCUCGUGAUAUGCGGCAGAUGCUGGAAGCGGAACAAGAGGAACUAUCGGCGCUAAAGGCUGAUUUGCAGGGUGUGCUGCAUUACGUGCGCGCCGCAAGGCGGGAGGAGGAAAUAUUCUAG